GUUAGUCUAAAAGGUUUUAGCAGUUUCUAGUAGUGAUCUCAUUGUUGGGACUAAAUCACCUCAUAUUUCUGUGUUUCAGUGUAGUAUACGCAUUAUUAUUGCCAUCAUAUUAUUUUGCUGAUUUGCUCAUUUUUUUAGUGCCGAAGCUUCUCCUGCGGAAUGUUGCCAACAUGCCAAGAUUUUGGAAGAUACACAGUUUGUUGAUGGAUAUAAGCAGUUGGGAUUUCAGGAGACUGCUUAUGGAGAAUUCUUAAGUCGAUUAAGGGAAAAUCCUCGUCUUAUUGCCUCUUCUUUGGUUGCUGGAGAGAAGCUUAAUCAGGAGAAUACACAAAGUGUUAUUUACACAGUUUUUACCUCCCUGUAUGGCAACUGCAUUAUGCAAGAAGAUGAAAGCUACCUCCUUCAGGUUUUGCGAUACUUGAUUGAAUUUGAACUUAAGGAAAGUGACAACCCCAGGCGACUUUUGAGGAGAGGAACUUGUGCCUUCAGUAUCUUAUUUAAACUUUUUUCUGAAGGACUGUUUUCUGCCAAACUGUUCCUCACAGCUACUUUACAUGAGCCAAUCAUGCAGCUGCUUGUUGAAGAUGAAGAUCACUUGGAAACAGAUCCAAACAAGCUAAUUGAGAGGUUCUCCCCAUCUCAACAGGAAAAACUCUUCGGGGAGAAAGGGUCAGAUAGAUUUAGGCAAAAGGUUCAAGAGAUGGUAGAGUCCAAUGAAGCCAAACUAGUGGCUUUGGUGAACAAAUUUAUUGGUUAUCUGAAACAGAACACAUACUGCUUUCCACAUAGUUUGAGGUGGAUCGUAUCACAGAUGUACAAAACUCUCUCCUGUGUAGAUAGACUGGAAGUUGGGGAGGUCAGGGCAAUGUGUACUGAUCUCUUGUUGGCCUGCUUCAUUUGUCCUGCAGUGGUCAAUCCAGAGCAGUAUGGAAUAAUUUCUGACGCUCCUAUUAAUGAAGUGGCACGAUUUAAUCUGAUGCAGGUUGGCCGUCUUUUGCAGCAGUUGGCAAUGACUGGCUGUGAAGAGGGAGAUCCUCGAACAAAAAGCAGCCUUGGAAAAUUUGACAAAAGCUGUGUUGCUGCUUUCCUUGAUGUUGUGAUUGGGGGCCGUGCAGUGGAGACCCCUCCAAUGUCUUCUGUUAAUCUUCUGGAAGGGUUGAGCAGAACUGUGGUCUAUAUAACCUACAGUCAACUUAUUGCUCUGGUGAAUUUUAUGAAGAGUGUGAUGUCUGGAGAUCAACUAAGAGAAGAUAGAAUGGCUCUUGACAAUUUAUUGUCAAACCUGCCCCAGGCCAAGCCAGGAAAAAGCAGCAGUUUAGAAAUGACUCCCUACAACACUCCCCAGCUGUCUCCAGCAACCACUCCAGCAAAUAAAAAGAAUCGACUACCUAUAGCAACUCGGAGCAGAAGCCGCACUAAUAUGCUAAUGGACCUACAUAUGGACCAUGAAGGAUCAUCUCAAGAAACCAUUCAGGAGGUACAGCCAGAAGAGGUGCUGGUCAUUUCCUUAGGGACAGGUCCCCAGCUUACUCCAGGGAUGAUGUCAGAAAAUGAGGUCCUAAACAUGCAACUUACGGAUGGAGGACAAGGAGAUGUCCCUGUCGAUGAAAACAAACUCCACGGUAAACCUGAUAAAACCUUGCGCUUUUCCCUCUGCAGUGAUAAUCUGGAAGGAAUAUCUGAAGGUCCUUCAAAUCGCUCCAAUUCAGUGUCCUCUUUAGACCUGGAAGGAGAGUCUGUAUCAGAACUUGGAGCAGGACCUUCUGGAAGUAAUGGAGUUGAAGCUCUACAGCUCUUAGAACAUGAACAAGCUACAACACAAGAUAAUCUUGAUGAUAAGCUAAGGAAGUUUGAAAUUCGUGACAUGAUGGGACUAACAGAUGAUAGAGACAUAUCAGAAACAGUGAGUGAGACUUGGAGUACAGAUGUCUUGGGAAGUGACUUUGACCCUAACAUUGAUGAAGAUCGCUUGCAAGAAAUUGCAGGUGCAGCAGCAGAGAACAUGUUAGGCAGUUUGCUGUGCCUCCCAGGUUCAGGAUCAGUGCUUCUAGAGCCCUGCACGGGUUCUACAAUAUCAGAAACAACAAGUGAGGCUUGGAGUGUAGAGGUGUUGCCAAGUGACUCAGAGGCCCCAGACCUAAAGCAGGAGGAACGUCUGCAAGAAUUGGAGAGCUGUUCUGGCCUGGGUAGCACAUCUGAUGACACAGAUGUCAGGGAGGUCAGUUCCCGCCCCAGCACGCCAGGCCUCAGUGUUGUGUCGGGUAUAAGUGCAACCUCUGAGGAUAUUCCUAAUAAGAUCGAAGACCUGAGAUCUGAAUGCAGCUCUGAUUUUGGGGGUAAAGAUUCUGUCACUAGUCCUGACAUGGAUGAAAUAACUCAUGGUGCCCACCAGCUGACUUCUCCCCCUUCUCAGUCAGAGUCUCUGCUGGCCAUGUUUGAUCCCCUGUCUUCACAUGAAGGAGCUUCUGCUGUGGUUAGGCCAAAGGUUCACUAUGCUAGGCCAUCACAUCCACCACCAGAUCCCCCAAUCCUGGAAGGUGCUGUGGGAGGAAAUGAAGCCAGGUUGCCAAACUUUGCUUCCCAUGUUUUAACUCCAGCUGAAAUGGAGGCAUUUAAACAAAGGCAUUCUUACCCUGAGAGAUUAGUACGAAGCAGGAGUUCUGAUAUUGUAUCUUCUGUCCGGCGACCCAUGAGUGAUCCCAGCUGGAAUCGACGUCCAGGGAAUGAAGAGCGAGACCUCCCUCCAUCUGCAGCCAUUGGUGCUACUUCUUUGGUGGCUGCACCGCACUCAUCAUCUUCAUCUCCGAGUAAGGACUCCUCAAGAGGAGAGACUGAAGAACGCAAAGAUAGCGAUGAUGAGAAAUCAGACAGGAACAGACCUUGGUGGAGAAAACGUUUUGUUUCAGCCAUGCCUAAAGCUCCUAUACCAUUUAGAAAGAAAGAAAAACAAGAAAAAGACAAAGAUGAUCUGGGGCCUGACAGAUUCUCAACACUCACAGAUGAUCCCAGCCCUAGACUCACUGCACAAGCCCAGGUUGCUGAGGACAUUCUGGACAAAUAUAGGAAUGCCAUUAAACGGACCAGCCCCAGUGAAGGCGCAAUGGCAAACUAUGAAAGCGCAGGUGAUAAUCACCAUAAAGAUUUGAAUAGACCUUACCUGGAUAAAGAAAUUAGCAUAUUUUUCUGCUUGUUCUUCAGAGAUGCAAAAAAGAAACUGAGACUUGCUCUUUGCUCUGCGGAUUCUGUUGCCUUUCCAGUGCUGACCCAUUCAACAAGGAAUGGAUUACCAGACCACACAGACCCAGAAGACAAUGAAAUUGUAUGCUUCUUAAAAGUUCAAAUAGCUGAAGCAAUUAACUUACAAGAUAAGAACUUAAUGGCUCAACUUCAAGAAACAAUGCGUUGUGUGUGCCGUUUUGAUAAUAGGACUUGUAGAAAACUGCUGGCAUCUAUUGCUGAGGACUACAGGAAAAGAGCCCCAUAUAUUGCUUAUCUCACUCGUUGUCGACAAGGACUGCAGACCACACAGGCUCACCUGGAAAGACUGUUACAAAGGGUUUUACGGGACAAAGAGGUGGCCAAUCGAUACUUUACCACUGUCUGUGUGAGGUUACUGCUUGAGAGUAAAGAAAAGAAGAUCAGGGAAUUCAUUCAAGACUUUCAGAAGCUCACAGCAGCUGAUGAUAAAACUGCUCAGGUGGAAGAUUUUCUGCAGUUUCUUUAUGGUGCAAUGGCCCAGGAUGUCAUAUGGCAAAAUGCGAGUGAAGAGCAGCUUCAGGAUGCACAGCUGGCCAUUGAACGAAGUGUGAUGAACCGGAUUUUCAAGCUCGCUUUCUACCCUAAUCAGGAUGGUGACAUACUUCGUGACCAGGUUCUCCAUGAACAUAUCCAGAGAUUGUCCAAAGUAGUGACUGCAAAUCACAGAGCUCUUCAGAUUCCAGAGGUUUAUCUUCGAGAAGCACCGUGGCCAUCUGCGCAAUCAGAAAUCAGGACAAUAAGUGCUUAUAAAACCCCCCGGGACAAAGUGCAGUGCAUCCUAAGAAUGUGCUCUACAAUUAUGAAUCUCCUAAGCCUUGCCAAUGAGGACUCUGUGCCCGGAGCAGACGACUUUGUCCCUGUGUUGGUGUUUGUGUUGAUAAAGGCAAAUCCACCGUGCUUGCUGUCCACUGUUCAGUAUAUCAGUAGCUUUUAUGCCAGCUGUCUGUCUGGAGAGGAGUCCUAUUGGUGGAUGCAAUUCACAGCAGCAGUGGAAUUCAUUAAGACCAUUGAUGACCGAAAGUGACCAAGACCAAGGCCACUCAGGCAGCAGACUGUUAGCCAAACGGAUCUCUAAGAAAAUGUACCAGCUGCUUUGAAGGCUGAAGAUUGUUUUUGUAUAAUAUUGUACAGCAUUCAGACAUUUUAAAGCAGAUCUUUACUAAACAGAUUAAUGAGUUAACAAGCAGGUUCUCUUUUCUUUGGGCUCUUUCCUUUCAGAAUUGCAUAUUUUAUUGUCCACAAGUGAUAAUAGUAAUUCAAAAAGGGACCACAUUUUUCAGGUAUUUUUAAAUAUUGAAAAACAGACCAGAAUCUCUUAAAAAAUUCCUAGGCCUCUAUUCAUGAAUACCCAUUCUUUCCUUUUAUUUUACAAAAGAACAGUACCUCUCUUUUAAGAUUCUGUCUUAUCUUACAUGAAUAUGCAUCUAAUGGAAGGAAAAUACUGGUUGCACUGAGGAUUAUAAUAGUGGUGUAUUAGUGGCAUUAUCUAUAAAUACACUCACCUAAAUUGAAAAGCUAAGAAGGAAAUGUAAAUAUAAUAUAUAUUUAUAUUUGAUGUAAUAUGGACAUCUUCAGAUUCUAAUAAACAAGGACUAUUGCUGAUAAUAGGUUGU